UCAAAAAAGAGGAAGAGGAGUGGUGUAUCUGUGGAGGAGAUGUUGCCCUGCUGUGCUCUGUGUCAGGACGUCCUGAAGGAUCCGGUCUCUAUCAGCUGUGGACACCGGUUCUGCAGAACGUGCAUCGCCUCAUACUGGGGUCAGUCUGCUUCAUCAGGAGGCUCCUCCUGUCCCCAGUGUGGAAAACAAUCCAGAACAAGUCUUGGACUUCAGAAAGCAGUUUUAGAUGAACAUAAGAUCAGCCAGAGGAAGAGAUUUGCAUGUGUGACUGAAGGAACUGAUACAACAGGAAGUGUAACACGACUCAACAGGAUCUACACUGAGCUCUACAUCACAGAGGGGCAGAGCGAAGAGGUUAAUGCCCAACAUGAGGUGUGGCAGCUUGAGACAGCGUCCAAGAUGGAGACCGCCAAUGACACUCCUAUCAAGGUCCACGACAUCUUUAAAGCCUUAGCUGACAAAGAGGACCAAAUCAGAGUGGUUCUGACUGUCGGCGUCGCUGGCAUUGGUAAAACCUUCUCAGUGCAGAAGUUCACUCUGGACUGGGCAGAAGGUUUGGAAAACCAAGAUGUCGGUCUGGUGAUUCUGCUUUCCUUCAGGGAGCUGAACCUGAUCAAAAAUGAGCAGUACAGUCUUCUCAGGCUGCUCCAUGUUUUCCAUCCAACCUUACAGAAAGUCACAGCAGAGCUCCUCGCUGUCUCUAAAGUUUUGUUCAUCUUUGACGGCCUGGAUGAAAUUAGACUUUCUCUGAAUUUCAAAAACAAUGAGGUUGUGUCCGAUGUCACGCAGAAGUCAUCAGUCAACGUGCUGUUGACAAACCUCAUCAGGGGGGAGCUGCUUCCCUCGGCUCUUGUCUGGAUAACUACCCGACCAGCAGCAGCCAAUCAGAUCCCUCCAGUAUUUGUUGACAGAGUAACAGAAGUCAGAGGUUUCACUGACGCCCAGAAGGAAGAGUACUUCAGGAGGAGAUUCAGUGGUGAAGAAACAUGCAAUAGAAUAAUUUCUCACAUCAAGACCUCCAGGAGCCUCCACAUCAUGUGUCUGAUCCCGGUCUUCUGCUGGAUCACUGCUGCAGUUCUGGAGCACAUGUUGACCAUGGACCAGAAAGAGGAUCUACCCAAGACCCUGACUAACAUGUAUGCACACUUCCUGCUAGUUCAGACAAAGAGGAAGAAGCAGAAGUAUGAUGAGGAACAAGAGAAGAGUCCGCAGGAACUGACGAAGGCUGACGUGGAAGUUCUCCUGAAGCUGGGGAGGCUAGCAUUUGAACAUCUGGAGAAAGGCAACAUCAUGUUCUACGAAGAAGACUUGAAGCAGUGUGGUCUUGAUGUCACAGAGGCCUUGGUGUUCUCCGGAGUUUGUACAGAGAUCUUUAAAAGAGAGAGUGUGAUCUUCAAGAAAGCCGUCUACUGCUUUGUUCAUCUGAGCAUUCAGGAGUUUCUGGCUGCAGUCUACUUGUACCACUGUUACGACAACGAAAACUCAGAGGUACUGGAAGCCUUCCUGGCAGAACAAAACUCCUCCCUGGCAGAACAUGAAGAUAAAAAAGAUGCCAUGAAAAAAUCUCUAAAGAGUAAAAAUGGACACCUGGACCUGUUUGUCCGCUUCCUUCAUGGUCUCUCUCUGGAGUCCAACCAGAAGUCCUUUGGAGGCCUGCUGGGUCUGAAACAAAACAGUACGCAAAUCAUCCAGAGUGCCAUCAACAACCUGAAGGAGACGAACAUGGAUGAAAUCUCCCCCGACCGAAGCAUCAACAUGUUCCACUGUCUGAUGGAGAUGAACGACCAAUCGGUACAUCAGGAUAUACAAGAGUUCCUGAAGUCAGGCAACAGUUCAGAGAAGAUGCUCUCUGAGAUCCACUGCUCAGCGCUGGCCUACAUGCUGCAGAUGUCAGAGGAGGUUCUGGAUGAGGUGGACCUGAAGAAGUACAACACAUCAGACCAGGGACAACUGAGACUGCUGCCAGCUGUCAGGAAUUGCAGGAAGGCUGUACUUCAGAACUCUGGGCUUUCAGACCCUCACUUUGAAGUUGUGGCCUCAGCCCUGAGGUCCGAUCCCUCCCACCUGAAUGAACUGGACCUGAGCAACAACAGUCUGAAGGAUUCAGCGGUGGAGCUGCUGUCCACUGGACUGAACAGUCCACACUGUAGACUCCGGAGUCUGAGAUUGAGUUCCUGCAGGUUAUCAGAGAUCAGCUGUGUUACUCUGGCCUCUGCUCUGAAGUCCAACCCCCCCCACCUGAGAGAGCUGGAGCUGAGCUACAACCACAACCUGCAUGAUUCAGGAGUGCAGCUGCUCUGUGACUUUCUGGAGAGUCCACACUGUAGACUGAAGGCUCUGAGUCACUCACAUCUGUCUGGUCCAUAG